AUGGAAUUAUUAUGGCAUCUAAUUUCCUUCGUCCUAGUUUGGACAUUCUUAGGAACAAAUGCCGCAGUUUUCACAUUUCAAAACAAUUGUCAAGACACUAUAUGGCCGGGGACUUUAUCGGGAAGUGGAAAACCUCUACUAAAUAAUGGCGGCUUCCAGCUCGGACCGGCCGAAUCCACCACCAUCGACGCACCUAAGGGGUGGUCAGGCCGCUUCUGGGCACGUAGUGGAUGCACAUUCGACCAAUCCGGCAAGGGAAACUGCAUCACCGGUGACUGUGGCAACGUUUUACAAUGCAAUGGUGCUGGUGGUACGCCACCAGUGUCACUAGCCGAGUUCACACUCGACAGCCCACAAGAUUUUUACGACGUCAGCCUUGUCGAUGGAUAUAACAUGCCAAUUUCCAUCAUCCCUUCGGGGGGAUCAGGAAAUUGUAGUGAAGUAAAAUGCCUGUCGGAUUUGAACAAGGAAUGCCCUCAAGAUUUGGUGGUGACCGGAGGGAAUGGCGCGACGGUGGCAUGUAAAAGUGCCUGUCUUGCCUUCAACGAACCACAAUAUUGUUGCACUGGAGAAUACAAUAAUCCACAGGUAUGCAAGCCUUCAAAUUAUUCACAAGUAUUCAAAAAAGCUUGCCCAACAUCAUACAGCUAUCCAUAUGAUGAUAGAACCAGUACUUUUACAUGCACUGGAGCUAAUUACUUGAUCACAUUCUGUUGA